AUGGAGUCGGUAGCGUUGGUGGCGCCGGUAACGGCGUUGGAGUUCGCGGGGGACGUGCUGCUGGCGGGCACGGGCCCGGAGGUGGCGGCGUUCCUGCUGAGCGGCGGCGCGGCGGCGGGCAGGCGGAGAGCGCUGCGUGAGGCCACCGUGCGGGGACUGCGGGCCGAGCCGGGCGGGCGCGUGGCGGCGUUCGGCGGCGGCUGGCUGGCGGUGCUGGCCGUGAGGCGAGGCGGGCCGGGCGGCGGGGGACCGCGGCUGGCGGCGUGCGGCGGGGGGGCGGCGCGGCGGCUGGGGGCGCGGGUGUGGGAGGCGCGCUGGGCGGCGGGGGGGCGGCUGGCGCUGGCGCUGGGCGGCGGGACCGUGGCGCUGUACGAGUGGCGCGCCGGCGGCAGCUGGCUGCGGAGCGCGCGGUGCGGCGGGGCCGGGGCGCUGCGCUGCGCCGUGCUGGCGGGGGCGGGCUGGGAGCGGCUGGCGCUGGCGGCGGGCACGGCGGCGGGGACCGUGGCGGUGUGGAGGGCGGCGCAGGCGGAGACGCCGCGGAGGACCCUGCCGGGGCACCGGGGCGCGGUGCUGGCGCUGAGCUACGCGGAGCCGCGGGGGCUGUUGGCUUCCGCCUCCGAGGACCGCGCCGUGCGGCUCUGGGCCGUGGGCGAACUAGGGGGCGGCGGCGAGGCCGUCUGUCUGCUGGUGUGCUACGGGCACGGCUCGCGCGUGGCCGCCGUGGGGCUGCGCGGGCCGCGUCCGGUCAGCGCCGGGGAGGACGGAGCCUGCCUAGAGUGGGACGGCGGCGGCGGCGUGCGGAGCGUCCGGCGCGGGCACCGCGGGGCGUUGCGCGCCCUGGCUCUGCGGCCCGCCGGCGGCUGCCUCGCUACCGGCGGGUCCGACGGGGGAGCGCGGCUGUGGCGGCCGCGGAAGGAGGCUCCGGCGGAAGCGGAGACGCUGGGGGCCCCGGAGCGGCCGCGGGCGGUGCUGCUGGUGGGGCCGCGGCGGGUGCUGGCGCUGGGUGAGGCGGGCGGGCUGGCGGCCUACGAGGCGGCGGCGGGGCGCUGGGUGCCGCUGCUCGGCCCCGCCGCCUCCUGCGGGCCCCGCGGGCUGCUGGCGGCCGCCCCGAUGCCCGGCGGGGCGGAGCCGCUCUGCGCGCUGGGCGGCGGCGACGGGCGGCUGCUCGUGUUCACCCUGAGCGGCCCCGAGCGCCCCGCCAGGCUGAGGCCGUUCGAGGGACCCGUGCUGGGGCUCAGCUGGGCCGCCCGGCCCGGGCCGUCCCUCGGCCCCGCUGCCCUCGUGGUCUCCGGCCCCGGCGGGACCGUGCUCUGGAUGGAUGUUACCUGCAGCCCCGGGCAGGUGCCUGCGGUGCGGCUCAUGGGGCGCUACCGGCUGCCACCCUGCAAGCAGCGCUGGCACACCUGUGCCGCCUUCCUGCCCCAGGGAGGGCUGCUGCUGUGUGGGGACCGCCGCGGCUCCCUGCUCCUCUUCCCCUGUGGCAGCAGCAGCUCUGAUGGCACCGACACAGGUACCCUGGGCAGCAAGGGCACUGCGAGCCAGUCGGAGCCCUCCUGCUUGUUACACAGCGAGGCUGUGCCCAUCGAGAACCCUCUGUCCGUGCUCUUUGGGCUUCAUGGCAAGACAGGGGUCACCUCAGUGACCUGCCGUGGGGACUACAUCUAUAGCACAGGCCGGGACGGCUGCUACCGGCAGCUCUGCCUGCGGGACCAGCAGCUGGAGGUGCUGCAGAAGCACCGGCCCCGCAAAGGGCUGCAGUGGAUUGAGGAGCUGCGUUUCACGCCCAGCGGGGACCUGCUGGUGCUGGGCUUCCACGCCGACAACUUUGUGGUGUGGAGCACAAGGAGCGGGGUGAACCUGCACUGCGUGCCCUGCGGCGGAGGGCACCGCUCCUGGAGCUACCACAGCAGCCCUGAGGCCGAUGCCUUCGCUUUCAUCAAGCGUGGGGACGUGAUGCUGUACCACAGUGAGGCCGAGCCCUGCGAGCAGCGGGUGCUGCUGGCGUCCCUGCAUGGCCGCGAGAUCACCUGCGUGCGGCACCUGGGGGCCGUGCGGGCGCCCGGAUGCCGCCCCAUUGAUGUCUUCAUCACCGGCAGCGAGGACACCACGGCGUGCGUGCUGACACUCAGUGAGCUGACGCGUGCAGCGGUGCCCCUCACCAGGCUCAGCGACCACAUCUCCAGUGUCAGGGCGCUGGCCUUGGCCGGCACUGCACUGCCUAACGGCACCCAGCUCUGCUCCUUGCUGUUCUCAGCCGGCGGCCGCGCACAGAUUGAGUGCUAUCGGCUGCAGUGCGCUGCGGAUCUGGAGGCUGAGGGCAUGGUGAGCUGCCAGGUCACUCACGUGGCCUCCCACCGGCUGGAUGAGCACUGGGACCGCAUGAAGAACAGGCACAAGCUUGUCAAGAUGGACCCGGAGACGAGGUACAUGUCCCUCUCAGUCGUAUGCGGAACCAACAGCAAGCAGCUGCCCGUGCCCUGUACGUUCCUGGUAGCUGCAUGCAGUGAUGGAUCAGUCCGGCUCUUUGUGCUGCUGGAGGCUGCCCAGAAGCUGCUGCUCGUGGCAGAGUCGUUCCACCACCAGCGCUGUGUGCUGAAAGUGGAGGCAUUCCUGCACACGUGGGCAGAGGAGGAGAGGAAGCACUUCCUGUGUAGUGCGGCCACUGACGGCAGCGUUGCCUUCUGGGACAUCACCAGUACCAUCGCAGAUGCAACAGAUGCCCUGCAGCACUCAGAGGGAGAGAUGAAGCCAUUGGCCCUGGCCACCCCGCUGCUCACUGUCGUGGCUCACAGCUGCGGGGUGAACAGCCUGCACAUCCAGGAGCUGCCCAAGGGACAGUUCCUGGUGGCCAGUGGCAGUGAUGAUGGCUCCAUCCACGUCUGCCUGCUGGAGGUGACACAGGACGGUGAUGAGGCCGAACCAGAGACCUGCUUGCGCAUCCUGGAGCGCGUGGCGAGGCCGUGCAGCCAUGCUGCUCACGUGACGGGGAUCAGAGUGCUGCGGCCGGACCUGGUGCUCUCUGCCUCCGUGGACCAGCGGCUGACACUGUGGCGGCUGAGCUGGGACAGCCUGGAGGAGCUGAGCACCACCUUCUUCUACGUGCCCGACCUGGCAGAGCUGGACUGCUGGGAGGUGGCAGAGGCAGGUGGGGAGCGGUGCUGGUAUUGCGUGCUCUGUGGGCAGGGCCUGGAGCUCCUGCGCUGUGCUGCCCUGGACACCCACUGCAAGCUCCAGUCACAGGGUGCUGUCCAGUAAAGGGGU